AUCGUUUCCAAAACGAGGCAAUGUGUCGUCCGCUGUGAGCGGCCAUUGAAGUUGUUAUUAUUAUCUGUUUUUCAUCCAGUAUCAUCGAUAUUUAUUAUAAAUUAUGGCAAAAUAUUUACAAUUGUGCAUUUUAUCCAUCAUCUUAGCUACAGUUAGCACUGCUAAUCAAGACACCAUUAGCAGUAGUAUUGUAAAUACUAAGGUUGAUAGGAAGAUAGAUGUAUCAUCUCAUAUAGUAAAAAUAUACACAACAGUUACCGUAGAAAACAAGGGAUCAUCUACUAUCAAGUCAUUUUUAUUUGUCAUUGACCCGUCUUUACAAAGUAAAUUGUCAUUUAUAGGUGCUGUGUCAAAAUCUGGAGAUGACACAAGUAAAUUGAGUGUAGAAUCUACGAGAGUUGAGAGUCAAAAAGACAAGGUAUUCUUCCGUAUUAACUUGGCAUCACCACUAGCUGCAGGUAAAAGCACAACAGUAGAAGUAGAAACUAUUUAUGCUCAUGUAUUAAAAGCUUACCCAGCUGAAAUUCUACAGUCAGAAAAACAACUGGUUAUCUUCAAUAGUAAUCUGUAUUUUUAUUCUCCAUAUAAAACACUGACACAGACAACAAGUGUGACUACAACAUCAUCUAGCAUCGAAUCCUAUACACGAACGAAACCAGUGUCCGUUAGUGAUAACGUUAUUAAAUAUGGUCCUUUUGAAGAAAGAGAACCAUUUGUUGAGGCUGAAUUGAAGGUCCAUGAAGAAAAUAACAGUCCAUUUUUAACCAUUACUAGUAUGGAAAGAAUAAUUGAGAUCUCGCAUUGGGGUAAUAUUGCUGUUGAAGAACAUAUUGAUAUGCGUCACAGUGGUGCAACAUUGAAGGGUCCUUUCUCAAGAUUUGAUUACCAAAGAAACAACGAUGGCGUUUCAUCUAUUAAAUCCUUCAGGACCCAGUUUCCAGCUGCAGCACGGGAUGUAUAUUACCGAGAUGAAAUUGGUAAUGUCUCUACUAGUAAUAUGAGAGAACUUGAAGAUUCUGUUGAACUUGAAAUCCGUCCCCGUUUUCCAUUAUUUGGAGGAUGGAAGACUCAAUAUUACAUUGGAUACAACAUACCUAGCUACGAAUAUCUUUUCAACCGAGGUAAUGAUUAUGGUUUAAAGAUGAGAUUUGUAGAUCAUAUCUAUGAUGAUAUGGUAGUAGAUGAACUCACUGUUAGAGUUAUCCUUCCAGAAUCAGCUAAAAAUAUUGUAGUAGAUCCACCAUAUCCAGUUAAACGAGGUUCAAAUGAACUACAUUAUACUUAUCUUGAUACGAUUGGUCGUCCUGUUAUUGUGCUGUAUAAAACUAAUUUGGUAGAGCAACAUAUCCAAGACUUCACUGUAACAUAUUCUUUCCAAAAGAUGUUACUUUUACAAGAACCAUUGUUAGUUGUUGGAGCAUUUUAUCUCUUAUUUUUAUUGGUUAUUAUCUAUGUACGUCUUGACUUCUCUAUAACUAAGGAUGAAGCUAAAGAAAGUCGACUUAGAGUAUCCAGUCUUAUUAAUGAAGUACAGGAUGCUCAAGAUAAACGUAGUGCUCUGUAUCAGAGUUAUGAUGAUGCUAUCAAUAAAUAUAAGAGCAGUAAAGAUACAACAACAUUUGGUAAUAGUCGAAAGAAGAUUAAUAAUGAUUAUACUGCUUUGACCAAACAAAUUAAUACAAUCCAUGCCCAACUCAAGACGGAGGGCUCUGAAGCUUCAGAAAGGGUGGCAGAAUUACAGAAACUUGAUGGUCAAUAUCAUGAUCUUAUUAAUUCCGCCAUUAGUCAAGCUGAAAAGCUAAUUUCCAACAAACUAAGUAAACAGCAAUAUCUCGAUGCUGAUUCAGCCAAUAAUACUAAAAGAGAAGACCUUGAAUCAAAGAUGGAAGCCCUUCGUGCUACUCUUUAAAUCCUUCAUUAUAUGUACAGAUAAUCUUGGGCUUUUACUAUUGUUUUCAUUUCGUGUAUUAUGUUUGUAACAUCUUUAUUUUUUGGUCAUAUAAUGUAAGUAAAGCCAUUUAUUACUAA